GUUUAACUCACGACUUAUAAAUAAUUUAAAUUGCAAAGAUUAAAAAAAAAAAUUUGUAAAAACAAAUAGUUAUAUGGUUUAUUCAGUUUUGUGAAAAUAAAAUAAAAUAAAACAACUAGUAAAUAAAAAAAAAUAUAUUAAUUUUUUUUUUAAAUUAAAAUAUUGUAUAAAAACAAAAGUGGCGCAGUCGGUAGGAUCCUUUUCCGAAGUUUAAGUAUCUAGUGAUACGAAUCUAAAUAAUAUAUAUCAAAAAAAAAUUGUUUAAAAUUACGAAGUAAAACUAAGACAUUUAAAUUUACGUAGACACAUAAUAGUGAAACAAAAAAUAUAUACAUGCCAAAAAAUAAAAAUCAAACUGAAAAACCAUAUUAUAAAAAAGAAAGAACAAUUAGUGAGUGCAUUACAGAAAUGUUUAAUAAUUUAGUGCCUCUAACUUUACCCCAAAAAAUGGGAGAACAACCCAAACAAUACGGUGGAUCAACAAUCACAAGUAAAUGACUCUAUAUUGUUACAACAAUACAAGUUAAUGGCGAAGAAACUUGAGGAACAGCAACAGGAACUCAACCAUUUAAAAUCAAACAACAUUCUUGAGUACAUUAGAAAGGCAGUGAACUACCUAAAACCAUUCAAUGGCGAGGAACAAUAUUCAAUCACUUCAUUUAUCAGAACAAUGGAGAACAUAAUUAAUGACAUUAACCCAGAGCCAUUUACGUUUAAACAUAUAAUCAAAAACAUAUUUAACGAGAAAAUUCAGGGGAAUGCUAAAACAAAAAUAUUGGACAUCGAAGAUAGCAGCGACUGGGCGAAAACUAAAGAAAGAUUAAAAAGCGAAUAUCAGCCGAAAAUCCAUGUAACAGAGAUUUCAGUAGAAGCAUUUAAUAUGAAGCGCAACGAAGAAGUUUAAUCAUCUCUUUCGAGACUUUGUUGCACACAUAACAAUAAGGACCAUACAUCAUAAUGAAGUUCCUCGCUUCCUCCUUGCUGUCACAUUCUACCGUAAAGUAGAUUGCUGUGUAAUUCUUGAACUCACCCUCGUGAAUGUUUGCCUCGACGCAAUUUUUGAAGCAUCGUUCGCACAUGAUUUUUUCCUUGUGAUACUGAUAACAAGUGUUUAGGAAAUCAUUUUUAAAAUAUGGUGAAUACUUUCCCACUACCAGUAGCUUCUAUAAGUUGGUAAUUCUUGGGAAAGCCUUCAUCUGUAUAGCCUUGCAUAGUGAUGUCUUCAAUGGUAGGCACUUUCUUUUUAUUGAAAUGAAUUUCUUAAAUUUUUCUUAAUUUUUCAGGUUAAACUAAUAAAUUAUUAAAAUAAUAUAUCUAAUUUAUAUUUUUUUCUGCAAAGAUUUUUCUGUGGUUAAAUUAAAAAAAGUGUGAUAAAACUUAAGAAUAUUAUGUUCCUAAUCAUCUUGAUUAAAAACAUUUUGUAUUUUAGUAAGAAAUAAAAACACAAAAAGUAAUUUUUUUCUUUAUUUUAAUAUUUUAUAGUGAUCCUAUGCAUAAGUAUUAACUUUAUCACUUAAUACAAACCCUUAUCAUCAUUAUACUUUAGAGAGACUUCAUUCAAAGUCUGAGUGUAUGCAUUAUGCAGAUCAGGAAUCACCAAUUUUAAUAUAUUUCCUUUUAUUAAUUUUUAUUUAUUAUAUCCAAUGUCCAUUGACUUAAGUAAAAUUUCUUUUCACGCAUUUAUAAAUUAAAAAUGAAAGUUUACAUAACUAUAAUUAAAUCAUAUACUAUAUCGAUCA